AUGAAUGACCCCAAUGGUUUCAGUGAGUACAAAAAUGAAUUUCACUUGUUUUAUCAAUUUAACCCUAAUAGUAGCCUUGAACCUGGUAUAGCCCAUUGGGCACAUGCUAAAAGUAAGGACUUAUUUCACUGGGAACAUCUUCCUAUUGCUAUGUAUCCAGAUAAAUGGUAUGACAAGUCGGGAGUUUUUUCAGGCAGUGCUAUAGUGGAAAAUGAUAAAAUGUUUAUUUUUUACACCGGAAAUGUUAAUUUUCCUGGACAAGAUCCUGACCACAAGCAGAUUCAAGCUGGUGCUGCAAGUUUUGAUGGAGUGAGAGUUAAAAAAUUCAAAAAUAAUCCAAUAAUAAAUGGUACAAAAUUUCAACCUGAUUUUCGGGAUCCAAAGGUUUGGAAACACGGGGACACGUAUUAUAUGGUUUGUGGAAACUCAUUUAAGGACAUUGAGAGUAAUGCUACUCUUGGUAGAGCAAUUUUGUUCACUUCAAAAAAUAUGAUAAAUUGGAGUUUUGCUUCCGUUUUGGACGAAUCUGACGGAUCACUUGGGUAUAUGUGGGAAUGUCCAGAUUUUUUUGAGCUUGAUGGUCGCUUUGUCUUAUUAUUAUCUCCUCAAGGUAUGAAACCAUUUGGUGAUAAAUUCCGAAAUUUAUAUCAAACUGGUUAUAUAGUUGGUGAUUUUGAUUACAUUACCAACGUAUUUACCCCUAGAACAGACUUUAUUGAAUUAGACCAUGGUCAUGAUUUCUAUGCCACACAAACAUUAUUAGAUAAAUCAAAACGCAGAAUAGUAAUCGCUUGGUUAGAUAUGUGGGAGCAAUCAUACCCCGAGGGACGUGAUGGGUGGACUGGUCAAAUGACAAUUCCUAGAGUUUUAUCUCUUUCAAAAGAUAAUCGACUCAUACAAAAGCCAGUAAAGGAAAUCACUUUGGCUAGGGGUCGACCUCUUUAUUCAGGCAGAGCUUGUUCUGGUACAGUAGUUACACUGGAAGAUAAAGCUGGUGAAAUUAAUAUUAGAGCGCCUAAGGACAAGGAUUUAAGAUUACUAAUUGAAUCAGAAGGUGAGUAUCACCAAGUGAUUAUAAGUUACGAUUAUAAAAAGGGUCUUGUAACUCUUAACCGCGGCAAUAAAGACGGUAUCCGACGUACAAAGUGGAGGCCACAAAAGAAAUUAUAUUUAAAAAUUUAUAUUGAUGCAAGCUCAGUUGAACUGUUCUUUGGUGAUGGUGAGAUCACAUUUUCUAGUCGAUUUUUCCCAGAAGGAGCAGUCAAAUUACGAGUAGAUGACAAUAGUGAAAUUGAAUUCAUGAACGUCUUUACCAUGAAACGCACAACUUUUGUAAACCAUGAUUCUGACGAAGCUGCAGUAUAA